ACCCCCAGACGGGUUUGCAGCUGAGCCUGGUGAUCUGGUGUGGGAAGAAGAUGGGGAGUUACUUGUCCGUCCCCGCGUACUUCACCUCCAGAGACCCCUUUCGGUGUUCAGAAUGCCAGGAUGCCCUCACCCACUGGUACUAUGAGAAGGAUGGCAAGCUCUACUGCCACAAAGACUACUUGGGGAAGUUUGGGGAGUUCUGCCACGGAUGCUCCCUACUGAUGACCGGCCCCGCCAUGGUGGCCGGUGAGUUCAAGUACCACCCAGAGUGCUUUGCCUGCAUGAGCUGCAAGGUGAUCAUCGAGGAUGGAGACACGUACGCACUGGUGCAGCAUGCUACCCUCUACUGCGGGAAAUGCCACAACGAGGUGGUGCUGGCACCUAUGUUCGAGAGACUCUCCACGGAGUCCGUGCAGGACCAGCUACCCUACUCCGUCAUGCUCAUCUCCAUGCCCGCCACCGCCGAGGGCCGACGGGGCUUCUCCGUGUCUGUAGAGAGCGCCUGCUCCAACUACGCCACCACUGUGCAAGUGAAAGAGGUCAACCGGAUGCAUAUCAGUUCCAACAAUCGCAAUGCCAUCCACCCUGGGGACCGCAUCCUGGAGAUCAAUGGGACUCCGGUCCGCACACUCAAAGUGGAGGAGGUUAAGGAUGCGAUUAGCCAGACGAGCCAGACUCUGCAGCUCUUGAUUGAGCAUGACCCGGUCUCCCAGCGUCUGGACCCGCUGCGGCUGGACGCACGGCUCUCUCCUCACAUGCAGAGCGCUGACCACUCCCCCACCCUCAGCACCCUGGACACCAAGGAAAACCUGGAGGGGACACUGAGGAGACGUUCUUUGAGACGCAGUAACAGCAUCUCCAAGUCCCCUGGCCCCAGCUCUCCAAAGGAGCCCCUGCUGCUCAGCCGGGACAUCAGCCGCUCGGAAUCGCUCCGCUGUUCCAGCAGCUACUCACAGCAGAUCUUCCGGCCCUGUGACCUCAUCCAUGGGGAGGUCCUGGGCAAGGGCUUCUUUGGGCAGGCCAUCAAGGUCACGCACAAAGCCACAGGCAAGGUGAUGGUCAUGAAGGAGUUGAUUCGGUGUGACGAAGAGACACAGAGGACUUUUCUGACUGAGGUGAAGGUGAUGCGCAGCCUGGACCACCCCAACGUGCUCAAGUUCAUCGGCGUGCUGUACAAGGACAAGAAGCUGAACCUGCUGACUGAGUACAUCGAAGGGGGCACGCUGAAGGACUUCCUGCGCAGUGUGGACCCGUUCCCCUGGGAACAGAAAGUCAGCUUUGCCAAAGGCAUCGCCUCCGGAAUGGCAUACCUGCACUCCAUGUGCAUCAUCCACCGGGACCUGAACUCGCACAACUGCCUCAUCAAGCUGGACAAGACUGUGGUGGUGGCCGACUUUGGGCUGUCUCGGCUCAUAGUGGAGGAAAGGAAAAAGCCCCCAGUGGAGAAGGCAGCCACCAAGAAACGCACCUUACGCAAGAAUGACCGCCGGAAGCGGUACACGGUGGUGGGAAACCCUUACUGGAUGGCCCCUGAGAUGCUGAACGGAAAGAGCUACGACGAGACUGUGGACGUCUUCUCCUUUGGGAUUGUUCUCUGUGAGAUCAUCGGGCAAGUGUACGCGGAUCCUGAUUGCCUGCCCCGCACACUGGACUUUGGCCUCAACGUGAAGCUUUUCUGGGAGAAGUUUGUCCCCACAGACUGUCCCCCAGCCUUCUUCCCCUUGGCUGCCAUCUGCUGCAAACUGGAGCCCGAGAGCAGACCAGCCUUCUCGAAGCUGGAGGACUCCUUCGAGGCCCUGUCCCUGUUCCUGGGGGAGCUGGGCAUCCCGCUGCCCGCCGAGCUGGAGGAGCUGGACCACUCGGUGAGCAUGCAGUACGGCCUGACCCGGGACUCACCGCCCUAGCCCCGGCCCAGCCCUGCCCUUCCGCGCCCCCACCCGUGACUUCCUGUCUGCUGGUGGCUUGUCAGGAAGCAGCACAAGCCGUUCGCACUACCUCCCCGGGGGGCGAGGGGCCACAGCACGAGGAACAGGCGUCCCCACAGGUUCCGGCACCUGGUGACCUACCAUCUCUACACCCAACACUUGCCUGAAAGCUGGGAAGCCAAAGCCUGGCCAGGAGGAUAGUGACCUGGGAGACUCCCCCUGCGGAGACUUCCAUCGCCCUUGCCUACACUAAUCAGCAUGAUGUGGGCCUGCUGGGCAGGAUCGGGGGGGCCAAAGAGACGGCAGCAGCCGGGCAGCUAACCCGCCUUCCCUGGGAUAGGAGGACUUGGACUCAGAGAAGAGUCCCUUAGUUGGUUUGUGCUGGCCCUGGCCCCAAGCUGGGAUGAACUGGUGUCUGUCCACCUCCCAAGGGGACACUCUGGCCCGCCCAGGAACCGCAUCCCCAGCAGGGCGGCUUCCCCUCAUGCUCUCAAACGGCAGUACUGGAGAGUGACUGGGGCCCUCUGGGCAAAGGUCCUUUCUGCCUGCAACAAGCAGUCACUCAGAGAUGCAGCAAGCCUGCGAACUGCAGAAACGGCGCCCCUGCCCUCUGGAAAGCACACGCGCUGGAUGGGCUGCUCAGCCAGCGCCCAGAGGGCUCCUCCCGGGCUUCCUGCCACUUGACCCCAGCGUGGCGGGCCCUGGAGGACAGAGGAGCUGGUCAGAGGCCCAGGCUCUCGGGCAAGGAUGCGAAGCCGGAGGAGACAACCUCUUGACCUUCUGUAGCUGCCACCCGCCCUCCCCAUCUCCAUCCCUGGCCCAGGCGCAUGGGGGCAGGAAGAGCUGAGGCAUUCACCGAGGGACCCCGUGGGCCAGGCGGCUUCUACCUCCUUCGUUGCCCAGCCCAGCUCAGUGUGUCCUGGUCACAGCCUCCUGAGCCACAGCCUUGGACACCAGACAGCCCUUGGGGCCCCCACCACCUUGGAGUCUGGAGUCCUGGGGCUCUUGGGCACAACUGGAUUUGCCUCCCAAGUGUCUGCAAGCUUGCACCGUGUUGAACUCAUUGGGGGUGGGGCUGGGUGUCACUGCAAUGGGGUGGGUGGUGUAUCUUAGGGGUGAUCCAGGAGUGUAGUUGUUGCUAAGAGCUGUUUACGGGGUUCUGUCUCUUGGGUGGUAUGUGAAUUGUACAUAGACCCGAUGAGCUGCGGGUUUGCACGGCAUCGCUAGCAGUGAUGUCUACUGUACAGAUGUGUGGAGUUGUGAGCCCCAACGCCCAAUAGCAGCCAGGUUUAGCAUUGUGUGGCUGGCUGCCCCAGCUGGUCCCAGCAACUGUGAGAGUGGUGGGCUGAGCUAAAUGUAUUAGCAGAUAUAAUAAAUUAAGCAGGUAAUAAAACCGAGAUGGCAAAGUGA